AUGUUUGGCCCUCUUGGAGCCCCUAUGUUGGCACCUUAUAGUGCUAGUAAGGCCUAUGCUUACUCCUUCAGUUUAUCCUUAUAUGAAGAGUACAGGGCUAAGGGCAUUGAUUUCCUCGCGGUUAAUCCUGGUUAUGUUAUGAGCAACAUGAGCAAGCUUAAGAAGGAGACUUGGCUAAUUACCUCCCCCAUGACAUGUGCCGACACUGUACUCCGACAACUGUCCUUCCCCGACCAGGCUGGCUACACUUGGACUGCCACUCAUUGGGCCCAUCAUCUACAGUAUUGGGCUGCAACUCGUCUAGUGCCCGAGCGCCUCAGAUUACAGCAAAUACAGAAGAUUCAUGUUAAGAUCAACAAGGCAGCGAUGAGGAAGAAGGCCCGUGAGGAGGCCGAGGCUGCCAAAACCCAGUAG